AUGCCCAAGACCCAUCAGGGCAUAUUUGAGGAGGAUGAAACCGAGAGGCCGACCGCGGCGUUGAGUUCGCCGGCGCUGCUUGACAAAUUCGACCGCCUGCGAGAUCUGAACAUCGGCAACAUCGUUUCACUUCCCCAGCUUGUCGUCGUUGGGGAUCAAUCUUCGGGCAAAUCCUCAGUUCUAGAAAGCCUCACAGGUUUCCAUUUCCCUCGCGCGCCGGGUCUCUGCACGCGGUAUGUCACGCAAAUCACCUGUCGGCGUGUGGACCAGGAAUCGGCUAGCAUCUCAAUCAUCCCCAGUGCGGGGGCUGACGCGGCGCAGAAGGAAAAGUUGAGGGGGUUUUACGCGGAGACGAAGAACAUCGCGGGGGAGGAUUUUGCAAAGAUCUUUCGGGAUGCGAGCGCUGCGAUGGGGAUUCGGGGGGAUGGAGAGGAGGGGAAGGGGAAGGGGGACACGUUUAGUGACCACGUGUUGAAGAUUGAGAUCUCGGGGCCGACGCAAACUCCUCUCACAGUCAUCGACGUUCCGGGCAUCUUCCGCCGCUCUACGCCCGGCGUGACCACCGAUGCCGACAUGGCCCUCGUCCGGGGCAUGAUCGAGCGGGCCAUCAAGGACGAACGAACCAUCAUCCUGGCCGUAGUCCCCUGCAACGCCGACAUAGCAACGCAGGAAAUCCUCAAACUCGCCACCGACGCCGACCCGCACGGCCAACGCACCAUGGGCGUCCUAACUAAGCCGGAUCUCGCCACAGAAAAAGCAAAUCAACAAGUCAUUAUCAACCUCGUCCUUGGAAAAACAGGCGACAACUCCCUCAAACUUGGCUACUGCAUUGUCAAAAACCGUGGCGCCGACGACUCUUCGUCUUCCCUCACCGACCGCGACGCGGCCGAAAGCCGGUUCUUCCAAGCUGACCCCUGGCGCCAACUCGCGUCUUCCAACCGCGUGGGUAUAACUGCUCUUCGCCAGCGGUUGAGCGGGAUGAUUCAGUCCAUUACUCGCAAAGAAUUCCCUCGUGUGCGGGAGGAGGUGCAGCGGAAGUUGCACGAUGCGGAAGCGAAGCUGAAAGCGUUGGGGCAUUCGCGCGGGGAUGCCAUGAGCCAGCGGGCGUAUCUGGCGCAAAUUGCGAAUAAGUUUCAGGAGAUUGUGACGGAUGCGGUGGAGGCGAAAUAUGAUGUUAGUCGACAUCGGUUGUUCGAGGAUUCGGCGAUGAAGUUGAUCACCAGGGUUAUGGCGGCGAAUGAGAGGUUUGCCGAGGAGUUUGCGGCUAAGGGGCACAAGGCGCAUUUCGAGAACGGUAACCGAAUCGCCAGCGCCAUGUUCAACGCCAAGUAUUGCACUAUCGAGGCUGAGUCGGACGAAGACGAAGAGAAGGAAGAGGUCUUGAGCGAGUUCCCGGAGCUGGGGGAUAUCUUGGUCGACCAUGGGUAUGUUUGUCCAUCGCCAAAAGACAACAUCAUGGACGCCAUCAAGGAGGUGUACACUUCCAGCCGUGGCCCGGAGCUGGGAACUUUCGGCGGCCCUCUAAUCGCUCAAUCCUUCAAACUCCAAACGACCAAAUGGCCCUCUCUCGUCCACCGCCACGCCAGCACCGCCAUCAUCCUCGUCCACGCCUUCAUCACCAGGGCCCUCUCCGAAGCCUGCGGUCCCGACACCCACACCCGCACCGAGCUCUGGGAUACCCUCCUGCUCGAACGUCUCCAAACUGCUUACAGCCGCGCCAUGGAUCACGCCCGCUUCCUCUUGGACGUGGAAUGCCACGGCCCCCCGCUGACUCUCAAUCAGUAUUUUUCGGAUCACUACGACACCGCCCGCGGCGCACGUUAUGAGGCUCGCAUCAAGGAGCACGCGACAGAGAUGCCGCAGAAUAAAGUCCAGGGGUGGUGGUUAUCCCAAGCGGUGCUGACGCAAGUGGUGCUCAGCAAAAGCGGGAACGUGGACCAGGUGUGUCGCCAAGUGCACGAUAUCCUGCAGAGUUACUAUGCCGUCUCGCGGAGAAGGUUCGUGGACCAGGUCUGUCAGUACGUGGUGCGGUAUUACCUGUUGGAUAGUAAGGAAAGUCCGUUGAGGUUGUUCAAUACGGAGCUAGUGCUAGGGUUGACGGAUGGGGAGUUGGAGAGUGUGGCUGGGGAGGAUGAGGGGACAGUUAGGGAACGGGAGAGGUUGGCGCUGGAGGUUGCGAGUUUGAGGAGUGCGAUUAAGAUUUUGAGGGGGUGA